AUGGCUUUUAAGUUAUUCAAGCGCAAAGACGAGGAGGACUCCGUCGGAUUACCUGCGGAGUCGUACUCAGACAUGCUGACCGAGGACGUUACGGCCGUGCAGUCUAACAACGACGAUUCCAAGACGUUCCAGUACUCGUUCAACUCCAACACCAACUCGCUGUUUAGUGCCAAGCCUACUAUUUCCACCGGAAAGUCGUCGCAACAGAGCUCGUAUGGCAAAGAGACGCCUUCUACGUUCACGUCAAUCGGAAGACCGCUCAGAGUCGUCGACGAGGAGGAGUUCGAAGACGACACUCUCGAUAACAUGAAAUCAUUACGUCAGUCUUUUAGCAGACGCAAAUCCAACAUCUCAGAGGACUCUCGCACAAAUAUCAACCCGCGCUCUAGACACGGCUCCAAUGCAGCCUCCGAAAUAGACCAGACACAGCUCGUUGAAGUUCUGGAGAAACAUCUGCGUGCGCUUGCUGUUAGCACAUCAAAUACCCUGAUGCAAGUGUCUCAGUCGGUGCUCAAUCUUACCAAGGCCUCUAUUGCCAUCAGUGAGAGCAUCGAGAGCACCUCAUCCACGAUUUCCAAGCUCCAAUACCUCCAGUACCUGGCUCCAUUCCAGUUUUCAACCAGCUCCUCGCCGGGACUGCAUAAGCUUAUCAAAAACGUUCUUUUUCUUAUCGACAACCAUCUGUUGUCCGAAGUUUACGACAGCUCCAAGUCGCUGCUGUCGAAAAACCUGUACGACCUGCUGGGUCUGCUGAAGGUUGUCGAGUUUCCGUCCAGAGACCUGGAGAACUUCGCCACUGUGAUGACUCCAAACAUUUUCCCAAUUGGUAGCACGAAUCUCCCGCUUGCUCUGCAGGCCAAAAUCGGCCGUAUCAUGCAAAUGUUGGUCCAGAAAUCCAAGGAACUUUCUCUGUCCGACCAGGAAGGCGCGUUCAUCGCUCCUGUGUUGCGCGGAUUCCUCCACGAGGACCUCAGCGUGGUUACUUUCAUCUUUGGGUUCCCAACGCUCAACAAGGAACACAUCGAUAUUGUGCGCUACUUCUCGUCCAGCAUCGACAACAUGCACUUCGUGGCGCAGAAGAACCAGAUCACGGCCGCGUCCACGUCCAAGUUUCGUGCUCCAUUCCGCACAGUCGACCCAGACUCCGAGUACAUGCCGAUCUCGAUGCCCGUUGCUUGCAACAACUCCUUGAAGCUGUCUGGAACGCUGGCUGGGUACCUGUACCCCAGAAUUCCGGAAAAUAGCAACAAUCCGAGACUCCAGAAAUACGAGAACUCGCUGUUUGGGUUCACCUGUGCCCAUGUGAUGCUCAACGAGAGCAUCAAAUCCGGAGAUCCAUACCCACACGUUUCUGUUCCGUCUCCUGUGCUAGUGAACCUGUACAAGAACGCAUUGUUGAACGAACGGUUGAAAUACGACGCACACACCGAGGAGUAUCGUGCGUACGACUCGGUUGUCCAGGAGAUCGACCAACUGUACCCGGUGACCGAGGUUCGUGUCAAGAAGAAGACGUUGACCCGUAACCUUCCUCGCGAGACGUUUGGCCAGCUGAUCUGGGGAGAACGCGUCCUGAACGAGGACAAGCUGUCGGACAUUGCAAUUGUCAAGAUCCUGGACCAGUCCAAGAAGUUUGUCAACUUCUUGGGCGAGGACCUGGAGCUCAACAAGCACGACCCGGCCUUGAUGUUCUCCAACCUGUACGUGAAGAAAGUGGUGCAUCUCAAGACUUCAAAGGAGACGUCUGCAAUCAAUCACGCGGGGCUCGAGGUGUUCAAAGUGGGGGCCACUACUGACUACACAGACGGCCGACUUAACGGACAGAAGAUGAUCUACUGGUCGGACGGGUCGUUAAAGACGUCCGAGUUUGUGAUUUCCGGGUCCCAGAAACAGUUUGCCGCGGGCGGCGACUCUGGGGCUCUGGUUCUUGCAAAACUGUCGAGUUUGCGCCAACCAACAACCAACAAACGGUCGAUGCUGAGCAGCUUCCUCGGCAACCUGAUUUCUCAAGGGCCAGAAACAGGGCUCGGGGUGGUUGGAAUGUUGCACUCCUACGACGGCGAACACAAACAGUUUGGACUGUUCACGCCGAUGGACUCGAUUCUGGAAAGAUUGCACACGGUAACGGGCGUGGACUGGGGUGUUGUUGGGUGUACUGAAGACACUGAUUAA